CCCGUGGGUCGGGAGAUAUGGCGGCUUAGUGCGUUUCAUAUAGAAGUCAGUGCCAUGAAGGCCGGCGAUGGCGGCUCCUGUCACCAUGAAGAGGGGAAGGGACCCGGGGGGUGUGACGUGUGCUGCACGGGAGCGACCCCGGGAGUGCGGGAGACGGUGCAGGAGAUGGACUUCCAGAGAGGUAUAUGGUCGGCUGCUAUGGAUGGAGACCUGAGGAGAGUGCAGCGCUUUAUUGAGAAGGGCACUGAUCCCAACCUGGCUGAUAAUUUUGGCUACACAGCUCUGCACUAUAGCAGUCGGCACGGUCACUUGUCAGUGUGCAGAUUUCUUUUGGAGAGCGGGGCUGACAGUAAUUCGCAGACACAUGGGGGCAGUACGGCUCUGCACCGUGCCGCAUACUGUGGACACCUCCAAGUAGUCCAGCUGUUACUGGAGAAUGGCGCUGACCCCACGAAGAUAGACUCGGACAGGAGGACUGUGCUGCACAAGGCAGCAGAAGGUGGUCACCGGGAGUUGUCUCUCUUUCUUCUACGUCACUGUAAAGGUCUCCUGGAUUUAAAGGACUGCAGAGGACACACAGCUGCAGACCUGGCUCCAUCCGGUAUUGCCGAUGUGUUUUCAUCUUGAGAGUAUGUUCAGACGUAGGAUUUUGGACAUCGCAGUUUGACUGUGCCAAAAAUGUACAGGUCCGUUGUUGGCGAGGACCCCUCACAAAGCUGUUCCCGGAGCUCAUUCAAUGGCCGCUGCAAAAACCCCAGAACCGUGCAGCAGUUUCUGCCGCGAGAUAUGCUGAGGAUUUUGUCGCCGACUGAAAUCCUCCAUGUGAACCCACCCCGAGACUUCAGGGUCCGUAUUAUGUUCAGUGACCAUCACAA